AUGAUCAAACACUCCAGCCGUUCAACCGGUUGUCCAUAUCUGUAUCCCAUAUCCCACAUCCGUCACCAUCCAGCCACAGCCAGACUUGGACCGGCAUACUCUGCUACUUGGCCUGCAACUCUGACGGCAUACACCAAGUCUCGUGCGUGCGGCUCGAAAUAA